ACUCAUUGCUCAUUAAGCGGUAAGCCAAGUUCUGCUCAAAACUAGCUCUACAAAGACUUUCUUUACUGACACACACACACACAUACACACUUUUUCAGAAAUCCAAAGCAGAAGUGGACAGAGACACCGGUUUUCAGUCGCUGUGGUUGGCUAUGGCUCAGGGCUCUGACAGCAACGACGCAAGCUACAAGUCCCCAUCACCUGGAAGCAGACCGAGCUCCUCGGAUGACGUGAAGAAAGUGAUGAGGCGAGAGAAGAACCGAAUUGCUGCACAGAAGAGCCGGAUGAGGCAAACUCAGAAAGCUGACAGCCUUCACCUGGAAAGUGAAAACCUGGAGAAGGAGAAUGCCGCCCUGAGGAAGGAGGUGAAGCAGCUCACAGAGGAGGCCAAUUACCUGUCGUCCGUGCUGAGCAGCCACGAGCCCCUGUGCACCGGGCUGGCCCCGCAGACCCCGGACCUCCUCUACCCUCCCCAUCAGAGCAGCUACCACCGCCAGCACAUCGCCGUACCACACUACCAGCGCUGACCUGCCCGAGGGCCUGUGGCUAAAACAGAUGACUGACCUCAACAGACACAGACUGACAGGAGACGUGUGUCUUUUUUAUUGUUAAAACAUAGUUAAGGCAAGACAGGCUAACUUGUCCAUCAUACAACGAGCCCAAACUGUAACCGGUAGAAUUCAAGACAUAUUUAUUUUGCUUCUUCAUGUCUCUUUGCUUUCUGAUUGUAAAUCCAUAUGUGAAUUUAAAUGGCUUGGUAAGUAGGUUUAUCAAAUAGUCCAUGUUUACAAAGAGAGAGGAAGAAAUAUUGUGCUCACAUUUGCAAAUGCUUAUUUUUAGUAUUUCAUAGAGCACCUUUUGUCAUCUCAUGUCUUGUGUUCUUCGUGUUUGUAAUGUUUUUGUGUGCGUGCAUGUGUGUGUGGGCGUGUGUGUGUGUGUGUGUGUGUAUAAAUGCUCAGGAGCCUUGACAGUGUUGAUUGUGGACAAAAAGAAUGUAAAUGUAAAAAAGAAGGCUGGAAAUGAAGGAAUGGUUAGUGAGAAGACCCAGUGGAUGUAUUUAUUAAAUUUUAUGCUUUUUCUUUUUCUGAAACAUCAUCUGUAAACCUUCUGGGUUCAUGUUAUUCUUUUGUUUGCUAGGACAGCUGGGUGUGCAAAGUCUGCACAGGUGCUGAUAACACGGACACGUGACAGACGUUUUAUUUCUCUGCUCAGACGCCACUAGGUGGCACUGUUUAACAGUGUGUGAGAUUGAAUUACAGUAGCUUAUAUUUAUAAAGCAUAAAAUAAAUCAUUUGUGGAUUGAUCUGUGUGUGCGGAUAAGGGUUCAUUAUGGCCCUUGAGCUCCACUGUCACCUUUUGCUUGUGCUCCACUCCUGGUGGCCUAAAUCAAACAAUCUGUUAUCUGCAGUGUAUUAAAGCAGGAAGUAAAUGUAAUAAACUGGCUUUAAUUGGUUUAA